UUUUUUUUUAAAUACAUAGUUUAUCAAAUACUAACUUUUAUCAUUAGAAUGAACCUAAUCCUUUGGAUGAAUUAAUGAGACAAUCAUUUGAAACUGUUAGAAAAUUAGAUGCUGAACGUAUGGAGCAAAUACGUAAAAUGAGACGCGAAAAAGAAGUUAAGGAACGUAAAAGAGCAGAAGCUUUAAGAAAAAAAGAGAAAGCUGAGGCCGAAUUAGCUGAAAAGCGUGAAUUAGAGGAAAAGAAACAAAAAAUGUUAUUGGCUGAGAAAAAGAAGCAGAAGAUGUUGGAAAAAAAAAGAAACCAGCAAAUAAAGACGAUUACUCCAAAUAAGGCAAUAAACUCUACUCCUAUCUCCAAGACAAUUAAGGAGAAGAAAAAACCUGUGCACAUGUCUUUUGAAGAGAUUAUGAAAAUGGCAAAAGAACAAUCAACUACUACCAGGGAUACUGAAUCCCCUUCUACUACUACUAAUACUUCUGAUAAGCAAGCUUCUACUUCUUCAUUAUCGGUUAAAAGACGUCAUCCUGAUAGCAGUGCUCGCGAUCAUACCCCUUCUAUUUAUCAUCGCCCAAAGAAACCUAUGUUGAAGAAACCUGCUCCUGUUGAAGCUAAUACAAUGUCUGCUCGUGAGCGUGCAAAAAUAAUGGUGGCUCAGCCCCCUCAAAAACUUGGUUUGGUUAAACGUGAUCGACGUACCAUCGAAGAAAUCCAAAGAGAUAUCCGUCAUAGUAAAGGCAAGUUUUCUGAUGACGAAGAAGAAAGACCCAGUUCUCGUAAUACAACAAGACCUGUAUCUACUAAACGCCAAAGAAGCCCUCCUCCUCCUCCUCAUGAUGUCAAGAGAUUGAAAUCAAUACCUGCUUCCUCCACACCUACAACAAGACCUUAUACAAAGACAGCAACAGCAACAACAACAACAACAGCAUCAACAUCAAGACCUUCUGUGAGGUCAACAGCAACAGCAACAGCAGCAUCAUCAGCAUCAUCGUCAUCAAGGCCUGCCAUGAGGUCAACGACAACAACAACAACAACAACAAAAUCGUCUGUCUCUCGUCCGGUGGCCAGUGACAAAAGGCCACCAAGACCUCUCCGAAUGCCAUUUACUGGUAAACUUCUGGGCCCUGCUCCUCCAUCACCUCUUUCUCGAAAGUCUCCCGCUGCUAGACGACGCUAUAGAGACUUAGAGGAAGAGGAAGACGAUGAUCUCGCUGAUUUCAUCGUCGAUGAUGAUGAGGGGCCAGCAAGUCCUCAUCAAGAUUCCUACUCGUCUGAAAUUGGACGUAUCUUUCGUUACGAUCGUAGAAAGUACGUAAAUGAGCCAAUUUCAGACGAUGAUAUGGAGGCCAAUGCGCUCGAAGUCUUACGAGAAGAGAAAAGAAGCGAGCGCAUUGGCCGUCGUGAGGAUUUGCUGGAGGAGCAAAAGGAACUAGAGCGACAGAGAAGACGCAAGAUGAAAGGUCUUUAAACAUGUCGUUCUAGUUCCUUUCGCCCUCGGGCCCUAUUUUUUUAUUUUUUUAAAAAAAUAAAA